AUGCAAAACCUCACUUUGACAACCCGUCUAGGCCUUGCCUUAGCCCUUCUCAUGUGCAUCCUGGUUGCUGCCCCUUGUUCCAGUAAACCCUUUGGCCAGAGAGAAAUUAGGGCCCGGAUUUGUAAUAAAUGUGCUGAAAAGUACCUCAAUGAAGGCCAAGUGCUAAAGGAAAAGACCCUCAAACUGGCCAUUGAUCCCACAAAACCGGAUGAAGAGGAAAUUAAGAAGCCUUGCUGGGGGACUGGACAUGUCUGCACUUCAAUGCUACGUGUCAAGCUCUUACAAUGCAAUCAGUGCCACUCUUUCGCAUGUACAUGCCCCCAGAGGAAAUAA